UAUAAUAUAAUGGCCUCUCUAUCCCAUUUCCUCAUCAUUACAGUACUCUUCAUCGUCCCUUUCUUUAGCUGUUGUGUCAAUGCACAGCUCUCGGCCAAUUUUUAUGCAAGAACUUGCCCAACUCUUCCAACCAUCGUUCGCAAUGCUAUGAGGCAAGCUGUUUCUAGGGAGGGUCGGAUGGCUGCCUCUAUCCUUCGUUUAUUUUUCCACGACUGCUUCGUAAAUGGUUGCGACGCUUCCAUACUGUUGGACGACACGACCACCUUCACAGGCGAAAAGAAUGCAUUCCCAAACCGGAACUCAGCUAGGGGCUUUGAAGUCAUUGACACCAUUAAAACUCGCGUUGAAGCUGCUUGUAAUGCUACUGUGUCAUGUGCAGAUAUUUUAGCACUUGCAGCAAGAGACGGUGUUGUCUUGCUUGGAGGAACCUCAUGGACAGUAGCCCUAGGCCGAAGAGACGCCAGAACCGCAAGCCAAACUGACGCCAACAACCAGCUCCCCUCCCCAUUCGCUAACCUCGCAACCCUGAUCUCAAACUUUGCAGCUAAAGGUUUAACCGCCACAGACAUGACCGUGCUCUCUGGCGGCCACACAUUAGGCCAGUCUCAGUGUUCAUCCUUCAAAACCCGCAUAUACAACGAGACCAACAUCGACCCUGCCUUUGCAACUACUCGUAAGCGUACUUGUCCAGCUUCCGGUGGCGAUACGAAUCUAGCUCCUUUCGAUAUAACUCCGAAUCGCUUUGAUAAUGAAUACUACAAGGCCCUUGUGGCUCGCCGUGGUCUUCUCCAUUCGGACCAGGAACUCUUCAAUGGUGGGAGUCAGGAUGCCUUGGUUAGAACUUACAGCAACAACGUUGCGGCUUUUACAAGAGAUUUUGCUGCAGCCAUGGUGAAGAUGAGCGCUAUUAGUCCUCUAACAGGGACAAAUGGAGAGAUCAGGAAAAAUUGCAGACUAGUCAACUAAAUUUUUGAGAUUUACUGUAAUACGGUGAUAUUUAUAUAAUUUACCUAGAAAUAUGAACAAGUAUGGGGUAUGUGGCUAGGAAGUGGGCAAGAAAGUGCUGUUAACCAAAUUAAUCUGUGAUAAAGUUAAUUUCAUGCGCACUGAAGAAGUAUUGCAAUGAAAGCAUUAUUAUUAUUAUUAUUAUUA